AUGCGUAUUCGUGAGCCAAAGACCACUGCUUUGAUUUUCGCAUCUGGUAAGAUGGUUGUGACUGGUGCGAAGAGUGAGGACGAUUCUAAGUUGGCUUCCAGAAAGUAUGCAAGAAUCAUUCAAAAGCUUGGAUUUGAUGCUAAGUUUACUGAUUUCAAAAUCCAGAACAUUGUCGGAAGUUGUGACGUGAAGUUCCCAAUUCGUUUAGAAGGUUUGGCCUUCAGCCACGGUACUUUCAGUAGUUAUGAGCCUGAGUUGUUUCCAGGUUUGAUUUACCGAAUGGUUAAGCCCAAGAUUGUGCUCUUGAUUUUUGUGUCAGGUAAGAUUGUUCUUACUGGUGCGAAGCAAAGAGAGGAAAUCUAUGCUGCUUUUGAAGCCAUUUACCCUGUAUUGAGUGAAUUCCGUAAGGCUUGA